CCUUCAGACGAGUCUGAAUCCUCGAGCAGAGACGUGCCCGGUGGUAAAGCUGCUCGAGAAGUCGGAAAAAAGACCGGUGUCCCAAGUGUCAGUAUUCUAAGAUAGCAAAUUUCUAAAACGAGUCACAGUUUGGUAAACAGUUGAUCGACGAGUAAUAAAGUGACUGUGGUGAUGUUUGUGUCCGAGUAUUGAACAGCUGCAGAGGUGUGAGGAUAUACCAUCAGUCAUCAUGCAAGCGACGCAGCCAGUGAGCCUCCAGGCGCAGAGGAUCCAAGGUCUCUACCUUCUGGACAGCCACGAUAGUUCCGGCAUUCCCCACAGCACCGGUAGCUCGGCCAGCAACUCCCCCGACCAUUACGAGAGAUUCUCCCCUCCGACACACCUGAUGGAUCUGAGCAGCCCUCCGGAACACAGGGACCUGCCAGGGUACCAGACUCAUCACCACCAUCAUCAUCACCAUCAAGUGUUAUACCAACAGCCCACCUACCUGAUGUACGAGAAUCCAGAGGACGAGAAGAGGUACCAGGAUCAUCCCAAUGGGAAAGUCCUGAGGGACCUCCAGACAGACUACGACAGACGCAUCCAUGACAAUUCACCAGGAUUUCUGUCGGACCACAGCAGGGACCACGAGCAGAAUCUCUACCUGACACCGUCUCCGCAGAUGUACUCAUCCGGCGGCGAGGAGAUCGUGUCCAGGCAGUCGCAGCAGGGCUACCACCACGUGGACUCCGUUGAGUACAAGCCUGACGUCCUGGAGUACAAGCCGGACGUUGAUCAGCAGAGGUACAAACAGCUGGAGAUGAGUCAGAUAAGUGAACCGUCUUCCUCGACCAAGAGCUACACUGUCGAGGGGUCCAGGAACGGUGGCAAGAGGAAGAGGAAGACCAGUAGUAUUGAGAACGAGUCUGAGACGGAGAGCAACGCUUCAUCCACGAAGAGCAAGGUGAGAAGAAAGAGUGGUGCUACCUUCGAGGAAGUCCAGAACCAAAGGGUGAUGGCCAACGUCAGGGAGAGGCAGAGGACACAGAGCUUGAACGAGGCAUUCGCAGCCCUAAGGAAGAUCAUACCCACGUUGCCUAGCGACAAGCUAAGCAAGAUACAGACGCUGAAGCUGGCCACGAGGUACAUCGACUUCCUGUUCCAGGUGUUGCACUGCAACAUGGAGAACACAGACAGCGGAGACGACAGUGGAGAGAGAAAUUCAAGAAGUGCAGUAUUGGCAGCCAGAGAAAUAACUUCAUCUUCCUGCAGCUAUAUGGCCCAUGAAAAACUCUCCUAUGCCUUCAGUGUAUGGAGAAUGGAGGACGACUGGAACUCGAACAUAUGAAGAAUACUGUUCUUCUUACCUGAAAACCAGGUAAACGUUACUUAGUAAAAAGAAGGAACGUUGAUUUCCUAUUUUCGCUGGUUCGAAAAUAUCGAAACUCCUGUUGCGUACAGUGAUUACUUGGUAAAAGACAAUUGUUGUAACUUUAGAAAUGGAAGUGAAGUCCAUGAUUUCUCCAAGUGAAUGACAAUUUCAAAUCUAUAAGUUUCUGUGAAUUGAAGUCGAAUCAAAAGCUUGGAAAAAUCACUUAAAACUUAAUAAUUUGAAAGUAUGAAAAUUAUAUUACAAUUAAACCAAAGAUUGUUUUGCCAUUGAUGAAUGUUCAAGCAUGUUGCUGCUUGAUUUUCUGGACCAAAGAAUAUUCUCUUGAUAAAGAGUACAGAAUACUGUCACACUCCCUUCAGUGUUCUUUGAUUACUAAUUAACACAUUCAAUUUCUUGUUAUUGUCAGAGUUGUUUCUUCAUUGUUAGUUGGCAUUUCUCUAUUGUUUCCUUGUUCUGUACUUUUCUAAGUUAUUAAUAUUAAUAAGAAGAAACUAUGGAGGAUUCUUUUAAUUAAGCCUUAUCUUUUAACAAUAUACAAAUUUUCAUUUAAUAAAUAGUUUAAUUUAAUUCAUGAUCACAAAACUGGAGCAGCUAAUUUAAAAUAAACUUCAAGUAGUCUGAAUAAAAUCAUUUCUUCCAAAGUAUGAAGUGGAAAGGAAUGAAUUUCCACAAAAACAGUGUGUUCCUUUCAAAAUAUUUCCCUCCAAAUAUGUAAAGGAGGUCCUCCAUGUACAAUGAAACCGUUGAAUAGACGAUUAUGGCUGGAAUUCCCAAAAUGAUUUCCCUUUGCCAAUUUCGGUACCCCUCGAGGCGAUGGUGGCGAAUCCGUUAGGGUAAAUUUAUGGCUCCUCGAGGCUUUCGUUUACCAGGAAAAUCGUCGACCUGGUCGCGUGCUUAGCAAAUAACUGCUAUACCCUGAUGGAAAACCAAACAACCCGUUGAAGAUUCUCGAAACAUUGUUAAAUCUUCAACGAUGCUGCUUUCGUUUUCAUAAAUUCUUAGAUCAAGCCUUGUCAGAGGUUCUUCCGAGACAGUUAAUGUUCCUCUCCCCGUCAUCGGGACAGACAGUAGCGUCGUUGCUACAAUUUUACGAGUUCUUUUUUGUGUUUCUUUUACGAUGCCGAGCGAGCUAGCGUCUCGACGUUAUGGAAACAAGCCUUAACCGGUGCCGACGGUUAAACAAAACAACGGGGAGAUGAGCAUUAAUGAGCAUUUCGGCGCCCAUAGGUCGGUUAGAAUAUUGUUUUUCUUCUUCUUUUUUUUUUUUUUU